AUGGCUGGCUUUCCUUCAAGCAAGCAAACCAAAUACCAUACUCGCUCAAACAGCUUGCCAUCAAGACCACACCCUCUCAUUUCACAAUGUGAUGAGCACUUGACUAGACUAAGAGACUUCGAUUCGUCGUCGUCGUCAUCCUCGUCCAUAAGCCAACAGCUUUGUGGCCUAGAGGAUUUGCACGAAUGCGUCCAAAAGUUACUCUUGCUACCCUCCAUUCAAGAAGCUUUUGUUAGACAAUGUGGAGAGAAAUGGUUUAAUGAGUUGUUGGAUGGAUCUCUUAGGCUGCUUGAUAUGUGCAGCUCAGCUAAGGAUGCUUUGAUCCACACAAAGGAAUGUGUUCGUGAGCUUAACUCGGCGAUUCGACGAAGAUCCGAGACGACAAAUGAGAUCAAGAAAUAUUUAGCCUCUAGAAAAGUUGUAAAGAGAGCAAUCCAAAAAGCUCUUAAUACUAAUCGGAGCAUCGACACGAAAAGAAACACGACGGUCGGUAGUGACAACAACGUUAUAGCCAUGGUUAGCUUGUUGGAAGAGGUGGAAGCAAUUAGUCUUGGACUUUUUGAGUCCUUACUUUUGCUUAUCUCAGGGAAGAAAACAAAGACAAAGACAAAGUCUAGUUGGUCAAUUCUUAGUGUAAUGCAUAGCAAGAGAGAAGUGUGUCCUGAAGUAGAGGCAGAACUCAAUGAAUUUUCCAAUAUGGACAAUGCAUUGAACUCUGUUACAUACCAAAAGCCAAGCAAAGGCAAGGACACUACUCAAGCGUUUGAGAAUGUCCAAAACCAUCUUGAAAAGUUGGAGCUAGGCACUCGAGAUUUGGAACGAACAAUCGAGCGCGUGUUUCGACGAUUGAUCAAAACUAGAGUAUCCCUCCUCAACAUUCUUAGCAACUAG